AUGAGUUUGCGCUCACUUCUGCUGGUGCUUGCCACAGCUACUCCGGUAGUUAGACUCAGUGACGACAGCUGCUCCAAGGACUCCUGCCCUCCUACAAUGUCUGUAAACGAGAGGACAUUCAUCUGCGUAAAGCCCGAUGGCGUUCAGAGAAAUCUUGUUGGAAAGAUUAUCGCACGGUUCGAAGAGCGUGGUUACAAGCUCGUUGCUUUGAAGAUGAUGUCUGCUUCCAAGGCACACCUCGAAGUACGACCAUCGUAA